AUGGAGGGAGGGAAGAGUAUCACCCUCCAACAGUUCAUCUCUAUCACGGCCCCUCUUAUUGACUUGGAAAAGGAAGCUGAGAUAUCUGCCUCCAUCACUACUGGGUCGUCCAGAAACUUAGAUACUGCACAAAAGAAGGGCUCUACUAUUCUCAAUUUGAAGUGUGUUGAUGCUCAGACAGGACUUAUGGGGAAGACUCUUCUUGAGUUUCAAUCUACCAAAGCAGACGUUCUUCCUCCUCAUAAGUUUAGCUCCCAUGAUGUGGUUGUUCUAAAACCAAAUAAGGCUGACUUGGGGUCCCCUGCUCUUGGACAAGGUGUAGUUUACCGGUUAAAGGACUCAUCAAUUACUGUUGCUUUUGAUGAUGUUCCUGAAGAUGGUCUAAAUAGUCCUCUACGCCUAGAGAAACUGGCAAAUGAGGUUACAUAUCGUAGGAUGAAGGAUGCCUUGAUACAAUUGAGCAAAGGUGUGCAGAAGGGUCCUGCAUCUGAUUUAAUUCCUGUCUUAUUUGGAGAGAGGACACCAACAGUGUCCAAGAAGGAUGUCACAUUCACCCCAUUUAACAAAAACCUUGAUCACUCUCAGAAAGAUGCCAUUUCAAAGGCCCUAUCAUCAAAAAAUGUAUUUUUGCUGCACGGGCCUCCUGGAACAGGCAAAACUACGACUGUGGUGGAAAUUAUCUUGCAAGAAGUUAAACGUGGAUCAAAGAUUCUUGCAUGUGCUGCUUCAAAUAUUGCUGUUGACAACAUUGUUGAGCGACUUGCACGCCACAGAGUAAAGUUAGUGAGAUUGGGGCAUCCUGCACGUUUACUACCUCAAGUACUGGACAGCGCAUUGGAUGCACAGGUCUUGCGAGGGGAUAAUAGUGCUUUGGCAAAUGACAUUCGGAAGGAAAUGAAGGCAUUAAAUGGGAAGCUGUUAAGAACCAAAGAUAAGAACACAAGGAGGGAAAUCCAGAAGGAGCUUAGGACUCUAUCAAAGGAAGAGCGUAAAAGGCAGCAGCUAGCUGUGACAGACGUAAUAAAAAAUGCAGAUGUGGUGUUGACAACUUUGACUGGGGCAUCUUCUCGCAAGCUGGACAAUACUUCAUUUGAUUUGGUGAUUAUUGAUGAAGCUGCUCAGGCACUUGAAAUAGCAUGCUGGAUGGCUCUGCUAAAGGGUUCAAGAUGUAUACUUGCAGGCGACCAUCUUCAGCUUCCUCCAACCAUCCAGAGUGCUGAAGCUGAGAGGAAAGGUUUAGGAAGGACCCUCUUUGAACGUCUUGCAGACAUAUAUGGAAAUGAAGUCGUGUCUAUGCUCACUGUCCAGUACCGCAUGCAUGAACGCAUCAUGGAUUGGUCAUCAAAGGAACUGUACAACAGUAAGAUUAAAGCCCAUUCAAGUGUUGCUGGACAUAUGCUUUUGGAUCUUGAGGAUGUAAAGAGGACCUCUUCAACAGAACCAACCCUUCUUCUAAUAGAUACAGCUGGGUGUGACAUGGAAGAAAAGAAGGAUGAAGAAGAAAGCACUUUGAAUGAAGGUGAAGCUGAUGUGGCUAUUGCCCAUGCUAAGAGACUUGUUCAAAGCGGUGUUCAGGCUUCUGAUAUUGGAAUUAUCACCCCUUAUGCUGCACAGGUUGUCUUACUGAGAAUGUUGAGAAGCAAUGAAGACAAGCUAAAGGAUUUGGAAAUCUCAACAGUUGAUGGUUUCCAGGGCCGGGAAAAGGAAGCCAUCAUUAUUUCAAUGGUUCGGUCUAACUCAAAAAAAGAGGUGGGGUUUCUGAGUGACAACAGGCGAAUGAAUGUGGCUGUAACACGGGCAAGAAGGCAAUGCUGUCUUGUCUGUGACACUGAGACGGUGAGUAGUAAUGCAUUCUUGAAGCGAUUAAUAGAGUAUUUUGAGGAGCAUGGUGAGUAUCUAAGUGCCUCAGAGUAUGGCAAUGAAUGA